AUGGAUCCAGAAGAGCGCGAACUUCGCGAUGCCGUGUUGGGCCUCGACAAACAGCAGAGACAGUAUGUCCUGUAUCUGCACAGAAACCAAAAGUUCGGACCUCUUCUGAACCUGGCUUCGAAAGAGUCAAGUUUCAUUACAGAGCUUCUCUGGGAUGAAAUGAAGGAAGAAAAAGUUUACAGCUGCGUUGGCGAUCUUGAAAUUAGAAAAGAUCUCUUCCAUGACCUGAUGAAGAUGAACAAGCAGCAUAAUCUGGCCAUCAAGCUCAAUGCGGCUGUGUUUGCUAUAUUUAUGGUUGCGCCUAUCAACUCACUCAAGGCCAGCCUUCAAAAUCACAUUCGACUCAACAACCAGGCUGAGAUCCAAAGUUUCGUUGGGCAAUGUUCAAACACAGCUAGAUUUAGCAUCCAAGCUUGUAUGUCGGCGAGUGCUGGCAUCACCCACAUACGAACACCGUCAUUGGCAAGUUCUCAAGGGUCAGGCCGGAGCGCUGACGCCUCCAAACUAUGCAAGCAGAGAGACUCUGAAAUGUGUGUAAUCACCGGAAUGCCGCACCCAGAGGCGUGUUAUAUCUUCCCGUUUGCGGGAAGUAAGCGUAGUAAAACAUACAAUAUUUUAUCUGCUCUACGGGCAUUUUGGGGCGAUGAGAUAGCCAACCGGAUUUCUGCGUUGAUUCAAAAUCGAGAUGUUACCGAAUCCCCAGAAAAUCUGAUUUCUCUCAAUCGACAAAUCCACUAUUGGUUUGAUAAUGGGUUUAUGGCUCUCAAGCCAUUGCGGAAAAAUCCUGACGGCUCAGUCGAUGUUCAGCUGCAUUGGCUGAGACAGAGUUCUUUGAAACCCAGUGAUCUCAUUUUGCAGUCUCAUGCGAUUGAGAAUUGGACUAUAUCCGCUGGAAUUGACAGCCAGUGUUGGGGAGAAAUUCGUGCUCAUCGUUUCAGUGGUUUGAGAUUGAGAACUGGCCAAGUCUUUACUUUGCGUCCACGAGACAGACCAAAAGCGGAGGCGCCGAAUUUCGAUCUCCUGCUGCUUUCAUGGGAUCUCUUGAGAGUUGGAGCUAUCUCCGGCGCGGCUGAAAUUGCUGAUCUGUCAAUCGUAGACAGCGAUGACGAUGACGAUUAUUGUGGAAUUAGUGAACAGGAAGAAAUGGACCAUGAGAAUGACUACUCUCAGGUAUAA